CCCAAAACGGGGAUGAAUGAGCACUGUUUGGUCCCGCAUUCAUUUCAUAUCCCGUCCUUUUGUUGUUUCCUCCUCUUGCUUUCCCCCACCACCACGCCCCCCACCCGCCCUUUCGCGUCCCCUUUGCGUCCCCACCCUCUGGAAUGUCCGUUAUCAAGCGCAUGACGGAGCGCUUCCACAUCGGUUCGAGCAAGGGUUACCAGUACCCCGAUGUCGACGUCGGCGGUAGCCCGUACUCGACCGCGCCGACGCCGUCGCUCAUAUCCGCGAAUACGACGCUAUUUGAUCACCGCGGAUCCCUCAGCACCCAGCGCACGUCGUUCAGCGAGCUGAGCGGCCAUCGGCAGGGGCUCGGCGCGAUCCCGGAGCAGGAGGACAUGGAAGCGCGCUUGAAUCGGCUGCACCUGUUCUCGCGAAACAAGGGCAUCUAUCGAUUGCAGGACUUUCUCAUCCAGCGGACGCUGGGCACGGGCAGCUUCGGACGCGUGCUCCUCGUGCGGAGCAAGCACAACCUGCGCUUCUACGCGAUCAAGGUGCUCAACAAGGAGAAGGUGCUCCGCAUGAAGCAGGUCGAGCACACCAACAACGAGCGGAACAUGUUGCACCGCGUCAACCACAACUUCAUCAUCAACCUCUGGGGCGCGUUCCAGGACGGGAACAACUUGUACAUGGUCAUGGACUUCGUCCCCGGUGGCGAGCUCUUCAACCUGUUGCGGCGAUCGAUUAGAUUCCCUGAACCCGUCGCGAAGUUCUACGCUGCUGAAGUCUCCCUUGCCCUUCGAUACCUCCACUCAAACAACAUCAUAUACCGCGACUUGAAGCCUGAAAACAUCCUCCUCAACGCAGACGGCCACAUCAAGGUCGCUGACUUCGGCUUCGCCAAGAUCGUCGACACAGUGGCCUACACUCUCUGCGGGACACCAGAUUAUCUGGCACCAGAGAUCAUCUGGGGCGGCCGCUACAACAAAUCCGUCGAUUGGUACGCCCUCGGCGUUCUUUGCUACGAGAUGCUCUCCGGCCUCCCGCCCUUCCACACCCCCGACGGCAACCCGCAAACCCUGUACGCCAAGAUCCGCGAGGGCCCCAACUCCCUUCCCUGGAACUCGCCCAACUUCACGCUCUACUCCAUCGACCUCAUCCGGCGGCUCAUGGAGGGCGAGCCCUCGAAGCGGUACGGUAACAUGCGCCACGGGGCCGGCGACGUGUUCGCGCACCCGUGGUUCGCGGAGGUCGACUGGGAGAAGCUGGAGGACCGGGAAGUGAGCCCGCCGUAUAUUCCGAAUAUCGGGGGCGCGGGGGAUGCGUCGGCAUUUGACAUUUACCACGAGGAUGGGAUGGAGGAGCUCUUCAGGCCGCCACCACUCGACACGCUCGCGGACCAGUUCCCCGACUUUGACUACACGUACGACGAUUCGGUGGCUCCUUGAUUUAGCGAUUCCCUUUCCUCUUCUCGGUCACGGACACCCCUCUAUCUCGCACGGCCGCCUCCCGUGCCUUGUAUGGCUGCCUCCCAUCAUGCGUAUGGCGCCUUCAUACCUUGCGUUGUAUGACUCCACACCUCUACUACCCAAAACAUCCUCAUCUACGAGUCGAAAGUCGGAACCCUUUUCUCCUCACGAUCCGCUACGUUUUCUCUUGUUUGUUCUUCUGUCUGGUUAUAUCGUUAUGCUUGCUAUGCUUCGUAUGUACUCUGUCGUUCGUGUACGCGCUCGGAGCGCGGGAGGGUGUACUUUGUGUAGUACGCUCAGAAGGCUGUAUCUCGAUACCUAUCGUUAUCGUGUAUACCUAGCUAUGGUUGGAAUGGAAUAUCCCAGGAUAUGGGUCGAGAAGUCACGUAUGCGAGUAGCGAGUCUUUGUUGGUGC